GGCCAUUUUGAAACUUCCCCCCUUUUCAUUUAAUCGCCAUCUUUUAACAGUCCUCUUGCAGUGACUUCAUAACUUUCCCGUGAUCGCCGUCGUACGUCGGAAAACAACCACCGUACGCCCUCUUAUCUCCGUCGCCGGUGAUAACGCCGCCUUUAAAACUCCAAAACUCACUGUUCUAACUGCACUCAUUGCUUCAAUCUCGUCAUUUCGUUUCCGUUUUUCUUCUAUUAAGUUAAUUGCAGCACUACAAUGAUGUCUGAAACUGCUCUUAGAGAUCUUAAUCUACUGCCUAAAUCUGAGAGGACAACUGAGACCUCAAGUAAAGACAUCUUAACAAAGCCAUAUAUUGAACAGACCGGUGAAAAUGUCAGAGGAAAACAAAGGAAAAACAUUGUUUCUGUGGUUGAACCACCACCUAUGAACGGAAAAGAGGUUGACCAUUCUGGCCCAGAGGCGGUAGUUACUGAAGUGGAAUACAUUGAUUCUGAUAAACUGAAUGAUCUAGAAGAUGUUGAUAUGAGCCUUAAGAUGCUUCUAGAUGGGUUAGGGUCUAAAGAUUGGGUUUUGCUUUGCGAGACUCUUAACAAUGUCCGGCGUUUCUCAAUAUAUCACAAAGAAGCAUUGCAAGACAUACUGGACAAUGUGAUCUCCCUUGUUGUUAAAGCCCUGAAGAAUCCACGAAGUGCCGUAUGUAAAACCGCCAUCAUGACUUGUGCCGACAUUUUCAAAGCAUUUCGGGAUAACGUAAUUGAUUCCUUGGAUCCUCUGCUUGUACAACUUCUUCUAAAGUCCUCUCAAGAUAAACGCUUUGUAUGUGAGGCUGCUGAAAAGGCUUUAAUAGAUUUGACAAUUUGGGUCUCUCCUGUUUUGCUGUUACCAAAGUUGCAACCUUAUCUUAAGAACCGCAAUCCUCGUAUUCGUGCAAAGGCUUCGAUGUGUGUUUCUCGUAGUGUACCACGGCUGGGUGCUGAGGGAAUCAAAGAUUACGGAAUUGACAAGUUGAUCCAAAUAGCUUCAUCUCAACUGAAUGACCAGCUUCCCGAGUCACGAGAGGCUUCUCGUGCUCUUCUGUUGGAGCUACAAUCUGCGUAUGAGAAGUCUUCUGUUUUGGCACCCGAACAAGACACGUCUUCUGACCCACCUCAUGUACAUUCUUGGGAGCAAUUCUGUGAAUUGAACCUUUCCAAGCUAAGUGCUCAAGCCGUCAUUCGUGUCACUAGCAUUACACGAGAAAGUCUUGUUUCAGGCUUGUAACACCGUAGUAUACACCAUCUGUUACAGUAUGAUUUUUUCGGUAUCUUUGAAUCUUUUUUACUUGUAAAUGCUUUUGCAUUAAAUUUGGAAAAAGGUGAUUGAAGUAUGUAGUUGAGAUAUGAGUCCUGAUUAUUCUCACAGCCAUUGUUCAUUUUCAAAGUGCA